UGCUGACACAAACGGUCAUUAGCAGAUGACCCUUUUGUAACAAACUAUGCUUUAAAAUGUAAACUGUGGGGCAUUCUCCUUGCAUUGUCCAGAAGAAACUUUCUCCUGCCUGAGCCUGGAUUAAUCAUGAGAGAGCUCGUCAACAUUCCACUGGUACAUAUUCUUACCCUGGUUGCCUUCAGCGGGACUGAGAAACUUCCAAAAGCUCCUGUCAUCACCACUCCUCUUGAAACAGUGGAUGCCCUAGUUGAAGAAGUGGCUACUUUCAUGUGUGCAGUGGAAUCUUAUCCCCAGCCUGAAAUUUCCUGGACUAGGAAUAAAAUUCUCAUCAAGCUCUUCGACACCCGGUACAGCAUUCGGGAGAACGGGCAGCUCCUCACCAUCCUGAGUGUGGAAGAUAGUGAUGACGGCAUUUACUGCUGCAUCGCUGACAAUGGCGUGGGAGGAGCUGCGGAGAGCUGCGGGGCUCUGCAAGUGAAGAUGAAACCGAAAAUAACUCGUCCUCCCAUAAAUGUAAAAAUAAUAGAAGGAUUAAAGGCAGUUCUACCAUGUACUACAAUGGGCAAUCCCAAACCAUCGGUGUCAUGGAUUAAAGGAGAUAGUGCUCUCAGGGAAAAUUCCCGCAUUGCAGUUCUUGAAUCUGGGAGUUUAAGGAUUCAUAAUGUGCAAAAGGAAGAUGCAGGACAUUAUCGAUGUGUGGCAAAAAACAGCCUUGGGACGGCAUAUUCCAAAUUGGUGAAGCUGGAAGUUGAGGCUCUUAAUAUGACAAAUGCCACAGAGAGAGAAGAAACUGAACCUGAGCAAGAUAAUAAAGUUUUUGCCAGAAUCCUGCGGGCUCCUGAAUCCCACAAUGUCACCUUUGGCUCCUUUGUGACCCUGCGUUGUACGGCAACAGGCAUCCCUGUCCCCACCAUCACCUGGAUUGAGAACGGAAAUGCUGUUUCUUCUGGGUCCAUUCAAGAAAGUGUGAAAGACCGAGUGAUUGACUCAAGACUGCAGCUGUUUAUCACCAAGCCUGGACUCUACACAUGCAUAGCUACUAAUAAGCACGGAGAGAAAUUCACUACUUCAAAGGCUGCAGCCACUGUCAGUAUAGGAGAAUGGAGUAAACCACAGAAAGAUAACAAAGGCUACUGCGCCCAGUACAGAGGGGAGGUGUGUAACACUGUCCUGGCAAACGGUGCCCUUGUUUUCUUCAACAACUCCUACGCGGACCCUGAGGAGGCCCAAGAACUACUCGCACACACCGCCUGGAGUGAACUGAGAGCAGUGAGCCCGUUCUGCCGGCCAGCUGCGGAGGCUUUGCUGUGUAACCACAUUUUCCAAGAAUGCAACCCUGGGGUGGUACCUACUCCUAUACCCAUUUGCAGAGAAUACUGCCUGGGGGUAAAGGAGCUCUUCUGUGCAAAAGAAUGGCUGGCGCUGGAAGAGAAGACCCACAGGGGACUCUACAGACCUGGGCUGCAUCUGCUCUCGGUGCUCGACUGCAGCAAGCUCCCCAGCAUGCACUGGGACCCGCGGGCCUGCACCAGACUGCCAUAUUUAGAUUUUAAAAAAGAAAACCUAACAACAUUCCCACCAAUGACGUCCUCAAAGCCGAGUGUGGACAUUCCAAAUUUGCCUUCCUCCUCCUCCUCCUCCUUUUCUGUUUCACCUGCAUAUUCCAUGACUGUAAUCAUCUCUAUCAUGUCCAGCUUCGCAGUAUUUGCGCUUCUUACCAUAACCACUCUUUAUUGCUGCCGAAGGCGAAAACAAUGGAAAAAUAAGAAAAGAGAAUCAGCAGCAGUGACUCUCACUACUCUUCCAUCUGAGCUUCUGCUGGACAGACUGCAUCCUAACCCCAUGUACCAGAGGAUGCCACUCCUUCUGAAUCCCAAAUUGCUCAGCCUGGAGUAUCCAAGGAAUAAUAUUGAAUAUGUGAGGGAUAUUGGAGAAGGAGCAUUUGGAAGGGUCUUUCAAGCAAGGGCUCCAGGCUUACUUCCCCACGAACCGUCCACUAUGGUGGCAGUGAAGAUGCUCAAAGAAGAGGCUUCAGCUGACAUGCAAGCCGACUUUCAGCGGGAGGCGGCCCUCAUGGCGGAAUUUGACAAUCCUAACAUUGUGAAACUCUUAGGUGUGUGUGCCGUGGGGAAACCCAUGUGCCUGCUCUUUGAAUACAUGGCCUAUGGUGACCUCAACGAGUUCCUCCGCAGCAUGUCGCCUCACACCACGUGCAGCCUCAGUCACAGCGACCUGUCCCCGAGGGCACACAUCUCCAGCCCUGGGCCCCCGCCCCUCUCCUGCGCUGAGCAGCUUUGCAUAGCCAGGCAGGUAGCAGCUGGCAUGGCUUAUCUCUCAGAGCGCAAGUUUGUCCACCGGGAUUUAGCCACCAGGAACUGCCUGGUGGGUGAGAACAUGGUGGUGAAAAUUGCCGAUUUUGGCCUCUCCAGGAACAUCUAUUCAGCAGACUACUACAAAGCUAAUGAGAACGAUGCGAUCCCUAUCCGUUGGAUGCCACCUGAGUCCAUUUUCUACAACCGCUACACCACCGAGUCUGACGUGUGGGCUUACGGUGUGGUCCUGUGGGAGAUCUUCUCCUAUGGCUUGCAGCCCUACUAUGGGAUGGCCCACGAGGAGGUCAUUUACUACGUGCGAGAUGGCAACAUCCUCUCCUGCCCUGAGAAUUGCCCCCUGGAGCUGUACAAUCUAAUGCGUCUGUGUUGGAGCAAGCUGCCUGCCGACAGACCCAGCUUCGCCAGUAUUCACCGAAUUCUGGAACGCAUGUGUGAGAGGGCAGAUGGAACUGUGAGUGUCUAAGGUGGAAGAUGUGCAAAUAAAACAUUACCGUUUCCUCUCAGACUCUGGGAGCCAGAGGAACACAGUGCCAGAGGCCCAACAAGACCUAGGUAGAAAGAAUAGUAGACAUGAGUAGCAUGUCAUUUGUUUCUUGGGAAAAACAAAAACUGCGCAGAACUCAGAUAGGUCAAUCUAUUGAAAGUUAAUGAUUGGAAACACAAGCUAGGAAUAUGUCAGAUAACCAGAGAUAACUACUCUUCCUCAUGGGGAAAGUUUGUAUUACAUAUUGUACAGGAAAGAAUGUCAUCUGCUGUUCCUGAAUUAGCUGGCAGCAGAGUAUUACAUUUUAAUACUCUGCUGUAUUACAUUUUAAUAUGAAAUGUGAUACAGAGCUUCAUUUUUAGUAGAACUAAUUCCUGUCCAUUCUGGGAGUAGUGUAGCUUCAUGUAUGAUAUUUAAACAAAACACAGAAAACUAAAAAGAAAAACACAUUCAUUGUCUCCCCACCCAAAGAUGGAUGUUUGGUUUUUCUGAAUUUCUUUCUUGCACUUAAUGCAUACUUUUAUAUUUGUCUGUGACCUACAGAGCUAUGGUUUACUUUAUUGAUAGGGGGUUUGUAAGGAAUAAAAUGAGCAGUCAGCAAGU